AGUACGAAGCUACGCGAAGACGCGCUCAAGACUGUUUGUGGGAAUAAAGCAAAAAAAAAAAAAUAAAAGAAAAUAAAAAUAAAAAUAAAACAAACGCGCGCGCUCCUUUGACUCUUCACUCGAACCUACUAUACGCCAACACUUGUGUGCGAGCAGUGAAGUUAGAAGUGGUGUUACUUCAGGGAUAUAUAUAUAUAUAUAUGUACAUACUUAAGGGACACAUGCACAUAUUAAAACUUAACGCGAUGUGAGCAAUACAUGUACACAAAUGUAUGUGCGUACAUAUGUGGUAAGCCACAGCGUAAUGGUUGUUUUGAAUUGAAAUCGCAGUGCAGGCAAAAGAGAGUAGCAACACUCCUUUAAAAACAACUCGUUGAAGGCAGAACUGAAUAAUCAGCAGAAAGGAAAAUGUGUGGAAAACACAAAAAGUGAAAAACAAAACAAAGUGUAAAAUAAACAAAACCAAAACAAGCCAAAGAAUAGUGAAAUAUACUCACCAACAACUAAGGAUUUGCGAAAAUUCUUCCUUUUUUUCCUCAGUCUUUGUCAUUUGUAGCGCUCGUAGUGCGGCAGCGACGCAAAAAAGGUAAAAAGGACUACACAGUUGAAACAGUGAACCAACGAAGGAGCAGUAAAAAAGAUAUUCCGCGUAAAAUGGAUGCCACAGUUAAUAAUGUUAGAAAUAUAACGCAAUUAUAAACCGUUAUAAAGCCAAAGUACAACAGAGGAGGCAAAAGCGCAUUUAAAAGGACACCGUUAUCAAAUUACCAACCAAAAAGAGAAAAACAAAUCGAGAAACAAAAAAAAAAGAAGAAGAUGCAUCAAGUGCUAAGCUAUGAGACCGCUGUACGUGCCAACAGUUCACGCGAAUAUCGCGAGUACGUCACCAAGCGCACUUGCGUCAGUCUCGUACUCACAAUCGCCUUUCUAACACUUAUAUUGGGCUAUCUACUUGGCAAUUUCGUGUCGGAGCGUAAAUAUCAAAUGCGCUUGAAUAAGGAGGCGGGCAAAGGCGGCAGCGGUGGCGGCGGAGCUGCCGGUCUGCCACACACUGUAGAUGUCAGCAGUGCUGAUUAUGAAAAUCUCAAAGAAAUCAAUACGUAUCAAAAGAACAAAGCCAAAUUGUUGAGCUCAGCACAGGCGCUGACGAAAAUGCUACAACGCGAUCAAAGCUCGCCGGCGAAUUCCAUUAAUUCGGUGAUUUUCAAUAAGUACAUAUCGUGCACACAGGACAUACCACCGAACACCAGUAUGGAGUCCAGUAAAUUUAUCGAACAGCUGGUGGAUAAUGCGGCGGCGAUACAGAAGGAUUGUCUGCGUGUCAUACAGUUGGUCAUUGACGAUAAGAUGACUGGCGGCACCAACUGAGGGGUUAAGUAGAGUCUUCAGUGUAGACAUGAAGUGUGAUAAAACGAUGAUGGGUGGAAGGGGCUAAGUUAGUAAGAGAUGGGAGCAGCAAAGGAUGUUAAGUUAUUAAAGAGUUUAUGCUUUAUAAUAGGUGUAGGCAAUAAAGAGUUUGGCGCAGUGAGUGACAAAGGUAGCGGGAGACUAGGGUCGUGGGGAUUAAAGUGGUAAAGUGUUAAGGCAGGUUUGAAGGGCUAAAGGGCAAUAAA